CCCAAUAUAAGGCUCUGUUUACUUGGCACAAGCCAUUAAUCUCAAGGACUCUGAAAUGUUUCUGAUAACCGAAUGAGUGUUUGGUGACGGGGAUUACAGACAGGAUGACUUUGAGCGCAAGUCUCCCUCUCUCACUCACAUUCACCACUCCCCCAAAACAUUCCUUCUUGCCUCUUCCUGUACACUGUCAAUGUUCUCCGAUUUUGCCCCAAACUGCUGCCACAUGCCCCAGCCCCUCACCUCUCCCUCCGGCUGUGCUGGCUGUGCAGCCACUGCUGGCUGCGGGGAUUGGCUUGGGAAAGUAAACACCACGGAAGACCAAAUUUUUAAACUCAGAUGUUUAGCUUUCAUGAAACUUUCAGCGGAAAUGUCAGAUGUAAUUGAAUUGUUGUUUAAAAUGCCUGUCAAGACUUGACUGACUUUCCAGACGAGUGGCACUUUUAGGGAUUUACUUUGCAAGGUGCCAAAUACAUAAUUUCAGAGUGUAACUUGCCACCCAGCACUUAUCUUAAACCUUUAACACAAAUACUUGGCAAACUGCUAUCUUGAGCUGUUCUACUAUUUAUGUUCCUAAUUUAACGGUGUUUACUACAGCCCCUGGCACUCUUGACUGUGUAGGGCCUUUUUCAUUACAUUGUGUUUUGCUUCUUGUCUGAAUCCUUGCUUAAUACCCUUACUAUCACAGCCUGCCAAGGCUGCUCUCCAGCCGCCUUCUGACCGUGCUACUGCAGCUCCUGUGUCCGUACCAAAACCUGGCAAGGAACCGCCAUGGAUUUAAUUCCAUCAAGAUUAUCACUUGUUAUGAGUGAGAUUAAUAUGAUGUUAAAAGUUAUGUACAGGGCACCUCUGAUUUUUAGGAAGAACUUUGCCGCAUGUAGGCACCUCUGUAUACUUUGACUUCUUGAGCUGCUGCUGGCUUAAGCUUUCUUGGAGAUUGUCCCACCUGCGUGUUGGCCAUAGCUCUACUAUGAUCUUUGGGUUUGAAACCUGGCAGAAUGUUUUAAGGUGGAAUAACCUUUCCAGCAACUGUCUUUCUAUUAUACUUUGGUAUCUACAGCUCAUUUCUGUAAUUUUCCACACUUACCGCAAUUUAGGGAGGAUACUCCAAACAAUCUGCAGUUGGUUUCUGGGCAUUGGGCGCUACACAACCAAAAUACGCAAUUGCUGAGAGCCACGUAUUCUGGGAAAAACCAAAGGCAGGACAAACAGAAGAUUGAGAAAAAGGCCAUAUCAAACAGUUAAGGUGGCCUCUGGAUCUCUGGUCAAAUCUGGUAAUACAGAUUUGUAGUGCCAUCACUUGCUUUCAAAUGUAAAGCAGCUGCUAGCUAUCGAUUGUGUAUAGGCUAUAGGAUGUUUACUAGUGUUUCCCUGCAAGAUGAGUGGCUAUGGCAUGCAGCAGUGGUGCUAUGAAGGAUUUAUGGAGGUUUCCUGGGGAAGGAGAACAACAGAGAGGGCAUCUGGGGACCAGUAUUGCAGCAGGAUGGAGAACAGCAAGUGCUGUGACCUGAGUGCCAUAAAAUAGGAUUUGGACGGAGAAGCUGGGCAGAAUACCAAACCUGGAGAACAAAGAUACGUCGCAGUCAUCUGUGUCUGUGCUGUGGAAGAGAGGUGCUGAAAAUCCUCUCUCACAACAGACAGCAGGACAUGUUGGGAGCAGCAUCCCAGCGGCACAAGUCAGUUUGUGUGGAAUGAGCAUCUCAGAGCAGCCACUUCUUCACUGCUUUGACACUGCUCCGUGGGGAACGUGUCAUUCAUGGAUUUCACAGGGCGUCCUUUUCCAAACUGUUGCCGUGGAAUGAGGUCUGGCUCUUUUGAAAAUAUUUCCAUGGCCCUCGGCAGGGUUUUGUAUGUGUUUCCAUUUCUAAAUGUCUGUGGCACCUUCGAGAGACAAGGCUGCCUGCUGUGUUGAGACAUUCUGUGCUUCAGGUGUGGAAAACCAAAUGCGUUUGGUGUAAAUAAUAAUGAAUUUACAUCCAUGGCAAAGACAAGUGCCUAAUCCUGCUGAUUAGAACAACAUAAAAGCCUGAGUAAGAAUAUAUUAAUAAUAUCAUUUAGGUACAUUUUUCUUAAUAAUCCAUAUGGAAAGAAAUAACUUUGCAGUAUACCUUAUGUCUAUAGACACAUACACAUAUAUUUUUUCUACUUGAGUUAUUUCUGCUUAAUGAAACUUCUAAGCUCCAGACAACUAUUUCUUAGGGAUCUUCUGCAUUGUAGUUUAAUCAUUACUCCGGCUUAUCAAAAAAAGUCACAAUGACCUUUUGUUGCUGCAUUUUGUACCUCUGUUGGCUAAAUGAAUGUCUGCUUGGAACACACUGUGAGAUCAGAGUAUUUGGGGAAAAAAAUAACCUUCGUAUGGUGGGAUAAUAAAGGGCUACAUUUGCAACAAAACGAACCAUCUUGAUCCUUCCGAGGUUCAGCGACUCAGUGGAGGCUCUAAGGCACAGGCAGUCCCCUCAGUACACCCAGGGCGGUGUUUUGAAAGCCACUUCUUGUCUUCAACGUUAUCCUGAUGCCCUCCAACAUGAGCACUAAUGACUUCCCAGAAGCACUUGUGGCAUUUGAGGAAAAGUUCAAGCGAUAAAGGCGCUCGGCACAGACAUCGUCUCGCUCUUGUCAAAGCGACGCUGCCCUACCAGAGGGCACGACAUCUGCUCUGCUGCGCAUCAGGUGGCACGUGUGGGCCCCUUGAGAAACGCCUUCGCUUUCUGAAAGUUCACAAGUGACUGCAGCUAUUGCUCACCACUGUCACUUCCAGCACCCAGCUCCUGCAGCUUGGUGGCUGGGACGGCUGUGGGGCAGAAAGUGUGGUUGCUUGCUGAGAACUUGUAUAAAACCCCUGAGUCCUGAAAAACAACAAGGACCACUGCUCAGAGCAAUUAAAAAAAAUCACAGUAUAACGGAAAUCAAUAUAAAAGCUGUGUGUUAUUCUUCCUGCAUUUUUGAGGUGCUAUUUUUUUUUGAAACAAAAGAUUAGACUAGAGAUGCUGGUGUUUUUUCAGAUCCAAAGCACUGCACACAGCAGUGUCGUGGCACCAGUGGGUUGUGUAGCCCUCACAAUUUUGCAGAUAAGUUUGGAAAAGCAAAACAUGCAUUUCAAAAUUCAGGGGGCUAAUAAAUAGAGCUCUAAAUCAGUUGAUUUUAAUGUUCUCAUACCUGUCUUCUGUCAGCCUGACAUAACAAGAGAAGAGACUUAAAGGAACAAUUUUUAAGAAUGUCUUUAGUAUGUGCUACUGAAUAUUUGCUUUACAUUUAUUUGAAGCCUGUGACAGGUCUUUAGACCCCUUCUUCACUCACAAACGCUAUGUGGUUUGGUUUUUUUCUUCCUGUUGUAUUUUCUUGACUGGAGUGUUGCUGCUAGAGCAGAUGAGGCCUCCUACAUGAUCUUGACAUUCAUUCUUUGCCAUGCGUUCUCACACGCUGGGUCUCUUUUGGGGUGAUUUGCUUGGUUCCAGUUCACUUUCACAUGGUGAGCAGUCUAUUUUAAAUAAGUGAGGUACUGCCAGGGAAACACCCUUGUUGGAACGAUAAAGGACUCAGAAUUCUGAUUCAAUGUGAAUCACUCAAAGCCAUUUAUUACAGAAACAAACCUCCUUAUACAUGCAGCUAUUCUCUGAUCAUGCGUCCAUGCUCCAAGCAUGCAUUCGCUAAUUGGAUAUCAUCUAUGUUCAUGACCUGUCCACGCGCUGGAAUCUCACUGCUGAUAGGUCUGUUGAUUUACACCACGUUGGGGCCUUGUUAUUUCAGAGUUGCUUCUCUCCCACGGCAGGUCCUGUUCCCAGCCUUGAAAUUCCUGGCUGGUUCAGUAACAAAUCUCCAUCUAACAGCAACCCCUCCACACACCCUCAUUGCUCUUUUCCCAGCAUCUUAGCAUAGUCUUUUGAACAAAAAUGGCUGAUUAUUCAAAUUUAGCCUUAAUGCAUGCUACGCUGCGGUAAUUGCUCACCAAAAUUCUUGUGCAGAAGGAAGAUUCAAGAAGUCUCAUAAGUAAAUUGCAGACUCAGUGCUGAGCUUCCUCCCAGGCGGCUAAUGGGUUUGGGGCUGCUCUCUGUCAGGGCAGUGCCUCUUCUUGACACCAUUAUUUUUCUGCCAACUUGACUUGAAACCAAGUGCCGGGCAGGGGUGGGAACUGCUAACACUCAGGAAAAUAAAUCCAAGCGAGCGUUUCCAAAUGUCUGGCUGAAAUAUGUACUAAACCACUGGCUGUUUAUUACUGUGUGUUGCAGGCUGUCAUCUUUUGGACUUUUAAGACCCGUUUAUUGAGGAGUGGCAAGCACAUUUAUGUUUGGACUAAAGCUCUCCCAUAAAUAGGGAAUUCUCAGUUGUUAGGGGAUAACUUGUCACAACCCUAUCAAAUGUCCAUCUGCUCAGUCCUGCUGAAACAUAUCCAUGUAAAAGGGGAAAGUUAAUAUAUAUUAUAUUAUCUUUCUUUGUGACAGACACUUCUGGACCAAUUGUUACUGAAGCAAGAUUAAAAAGCAGCUUACUUGGAGGGAACCAGUCAAGUCCUCAGACCAUCACCUCCUUCCCAUGCUAGUGGGAGCCAAGCUCAUCCCGUUUAUUAUGUUUAUGUAAAAGACAUUAAGGAUCGUUAGUAAAAUGUCUCUUUGGUCUACAAUGUGCCCUGAUCAUCUGUGCCUUAGUAGCUCCGCUGGACACCAAUAUUUGCACAAUCCAGCAGUUACUCUGAGAGCAAAUGAAUCGGUUUUCUGCCAAAGCACUGACCUCCUGUGAUUGAUUGACCUGGCGAGUGGCCCUCAGCUGGCAACGGGGUAUAAAAAAGGGACUUCUGAGUAAAUGAGUGUCAUUAGAUUCCAAACUGCCUGGAGCCAUGAGGGUGAUACUGUUGGCUGUGGUUUACAUCCCGUUCACCGUGGCCGUAGAACGAAUCCCCCUCAUUCGAUUCAAAUCUAUCAAGAAACAGCUGAAGGAAAAGGGAGAAUUAGAAGAAUUUUGGAGGAAUCACCACCCUGACAUUUUUGCCCGGAGGUACCUGCAUUGCUUCCCUGCAGAUAUUGCUUUGUCGGUAGGAACCGCUUCAGAAAGGCUGUAUGAUUACAUGAAUGCGCAGUACUACGGAGUCGUGAGCGUUGGCACACCGCCACAGAGGUUCACCGUCGUAUUUGACACCGGCUCCUCCAAUUUUUGGGUCCCUUCUGCUUAUUGCAUCAGCGAAGCCUGCAGAGUGCACCAGAAAUUUAAGUCCUUUCUGUCGGAUUCGUACGAGCAUGGAGGGGAAGCCUUCUCCUUGCAGUACGGCACGGGACAGCUUCUGGGCGUUGCUGGCAAAGACACGCUGCAGAUAAGUAACAUCUCCAUCAAGGGACAGGACUUUGGUGAAUCAGUGUUUGAACCAGGAUCAACCUUUGUCUUUGCCCACUUUGAUGGUGUGCUGGGCUUGGGCUACCCCUCCUUAGCAGUGGGGAAUGCUCUGCCCGUGUUUGACAGCAUCAUGAACCAGCAGCUGGUAGAGGAGCCAAUCUUCUCUUUCUAUCUGAAAAGAGAAGAUGACACCGAGAAUGGUGGUGAGUUGAUCCUGGGGGGGAUAGACCAUUCCCUCUACAAAGGUUCUAUCCACUGGGUCCCAGUCACUGAGAAAAGCUACUGGCAAAUACAUCUGAACAAUAUAAAGAUCCAGGGCCGGGUGGCAUUUUGCUCCCAUGGCUGCGAAGCCAUCGUUGACUCGGGCACUUCUCUUAUCACUGGCCCCUCUUCACAAAUCAGGCGAUUACAGGAGUAUAUUGGGGCAAGUCCGUCGCAUAGUGGAGAGUUUCUUGUAGACUGCAGAAGACUAUCCAGCUUGCCUCACAUAAGCUUCACGAUCGGACACCACGAGUACAAACUGACAGCAGAGCAAUAUGUCGUAAAGGAGUCUAUUGAGGACCAGACCUUCUGCAUGAGUGGCUUCCAGUCUCUCGACAUCACCACUCGCGCUGGCCCGCUCUGGAUUUUAGGAGAUGUCUUUAUGUCUGCAUUUUAUUGCAUUUUUGACCGUGGGAAUGACAGAGUGGGAUUUGCAAAAUCUGUUCAUAGGAAGGAUUACUACUGAGCCGUAAGAGCAUUUACUCUGCCUUAACCCAAAUUUUAAUAUAAUGAUCUUCAGUGCACGUGUGAAGAAGGGCUUUAACUGAAACUGUGGACCUAAACACAGUCAUGUUGUCCCCUCACAGGUUUUAAGGGCUUUGGGGUAAUCCUUGUCCCAAAUUAUGUAGUUUGGUUCAAUCUCUAUAUGUUUACAACUGAGAAACAAUUUUUCCUGAGUAACUGAUGGACACUACAGCUCUUAGGAUGAAAAAAAAACAGGUCAGCAUUCAGAUUUGCAAAAUAGGAGGAAGGAUAAAAAUGCUGAACAGUGUCAGGCUGACAAGACAGCAGUUACUAGUGGGGGAAGCUGAUCCCCAUCCAGUCUGGUCUGGGUACCGUUUUUUUUCCUCAUGUGCUAGUUUCCUCCUCAUUUCCUACUGCUUUCCUUUUCCUCACUAUUUUCCACAUCAGGGGUUUUGUCAAAUACUCUUUCCUUAGUGCCAUGUAAAUUCUCUUUAUAUGGGCUUGCUCCAACCAGUUUAUAUAAAGGGGAAUUUGACUGAUGCCUGUAUGGCCACUAAUUUCCCCUACUGUUCCUUGCAUACUGUCUCUCAAAACUGCGUUUUCCCUUGGGUUCAUUCUUGCUUGGCAAUUUUUUCCUCUUUCGGGUCUCAGUGUUUAAUGUCCAUGUCUUAGGUCAGAUGCUGCUUUUAGCAUCUGACACCGCUGUCCCUCGGUGUUGCGGGCAGCUGGGAGCAGCAUCUCUUGGCAUUACAAAACCCAGACCGCAACCCUUGCAAAGGGGCUGCAAAGGAGUACUGCAGUGUAACUCCACCUCAGAUGAGUUAGGAGACCAACAUGCCAGCACUAAACAUCUAUUGUCCCUUGCUCAGCCACUUCUUGUCAGCAGUGGCAGCAGCUUCAGCACUGGCAGAGGAGUGAAAGAGUCACAGGUUGCUGUGCUGUCAAAAGAAGAUGCACUUCAACUAUACCCGUUGGAGUAUUUGUUUGGAUAGCUAAAGCUGACACUGCCCCCGUACCUGCGAAUAAAACUUAA